CCAGUUAGGAUACUUCGGAGGGUUCUCUCGGCGCCGCGUUCCGGGACAUCCGCUCGCCAUGGCGCUGGUCCCUCUCGCCAGGCUGGCGUCCGUGGACCUGGCGCUCCAGUGGGGCCUGUGGGUGGCCGCGGCCGCGCUGCGCACCGAGAAGUUCUUCGACCUGGCGGGAAGCGGGACAUUCAUCUUGUUGGCGCACCUGAGCCUCAGAUGGGGCAACACACAGCAUCUUCGGCAGCAGGUCCAGACAGGGCUGGUGACUAUUUGGGGCCUCAGGUUGGGGCUCUUCCUCUUCCUACGGAUCCUGAAGGAGGGGCAUGACAGGCGAUUCAACGGCGUCAGAGAAAACUCAGGCACUUUCCUCCUAUACUGGACAAUGCAAGGUAUAUGGGUGUUUGUAACAUUGCUUCCCACUCUGUUGCUGAACCUGGAGAAACACCAGAAGCCUCUUGGAUUCUGGGACUAUUUUGGAUGGAGCAUUUGGGCCGUGGGGUUUGUUACAGAGGCCAUAGCUGACCAACAGAAGUGGCAUUUCAGAAGCAACCCUGAUAACGCUGGGAAGUUUAUCCAGAGCGGCCUAUGGGCUUACAGUCGUCACCCCAACUACCUGGGCGAGAUCUUGCUGUGGACAGGACUCUUUGUGUCAGCCACCCCAGUACUAUGUGGCUGGCAAUACUUCAGCGUCACCUCGCCGCUGCUGGUGUGGUUCUUGCUCAGUUUUAUCAGUGGCGUUCCAAUCCUCGAAAAAGCAGCCAUGAAGAGAUGGGGGAAAGAGGCCGCCUUUCAGGCUUACUUGCAGAAGACUCCCGUGCUGUGGCCUAUCAGCUUGAAGUGAUCAGAGAAAUGCCAGCCACCUCUUUGGGACAUUGAACACAAAACAGCUGUAGCACGGAGACCAUUUUAAAUUGUACACAGCCGUGGCACUUGU